CUAAAGUAAACGAAUUUAAGGGAGCCCUGGAAUUGUGCUGCCCCCUCAACUUAAAGUACCUGUUGUACUUUAAUAUUUGGUUUAGUCGAGUCGGAAGCAAGACUUGUCCAGUGCCCGCGUCGUUAGACAACGCAGUUUAUCGAUUUUUCAGUUGCUUGCGGCAGGCGGCAGGCCCUUUCCCUUUCCCCACAAACCAAGUGUUGGGUCACCAUUGCGGCAGGUAGUUUGGCCAAACUUGCUUCGUUUUAUCUAAAACUAGUUGAUUGAUUGAUAUCGCUUUGGAAAGAAAAAUAGAAGCAUUGGAUUGUAACUGUGUCGAGUAUAAGUUCAAAAGGAAAGGUGCAGAGUUUUGACAUUCCCACUUAACCAUGGCUGCGCAAUGGAUGGGGUUUACUAUAUCCAUCGAUUGUGGACCAAUGGGUAUAUUCCAAGGAGUGGUGACUGCGGUUGAGGCCGAACCACAAAGUGUGACGCUUAGCAGAGUUUUUCACAAUGGAGUGCCUCACACUUCUCCUUCUAUAGUCAUCAGUGCCCUUGAUAUCAAAGACUUAACAAUUAUUGCUGCUCCUCAAGCUCAAUUAGAUCCAGUAGUUGAGCUGAAAAAACCUAUUCCCACACGACCUGGACGUGGUUCUUGGGAAGGAGCUCAGAACUUCCAUUCGCAGCCAGCUCCACCUAGAAUGUUACACUUAAACGACAUAGACCUAGACCCAAGAAAAGCUCCACUUCAUUUAGAAUAUGAGCCAAUGAUUCCUCAAAUGGGCUCACUUAGCUCCACACAAAACGAGAUGUCAGGCUCUGGUCAAUCUCUGCGACACUCUCCUGCACAAUCAUCCGACCGGAGACAACAACUCAUUUCAUCGGCCGCUGCUGCAGUGCAGCUUAGCGCACUGCAGGCUGCUCUCCCUGGUGCCUUACGCCUGAGUGCGCCUCCGGCAGCCUCUUCAGCCAACUGUACACCAAAGUUGAACACAGCUCAGGCAGUCUCUCAGAAUGCUCAGCAGAGUUCUUCACAGGCACGUGGCCAGUCUAAAGAAGGGCCCGGGGUUUUUAAACUGACUGCAGCGUUGGCAGGUCAAGCUAUGCAGCCUCCAUCUCAGAAUUGCAAACAAGUCUCAAGUGCAGGGUGGUUGCAGCCUGGUGUCUCCUAUCCAUACAAAAUGGGACAAGCAUCUCCAUUGAAACCAUCUCAAGGAAACAGUGUUCCCUCACUCAGAAGUAUGCAGCAGAAAGCCGCUGAAAGCCUUCCCCUAAAUACUGCAGCCCAAGCGCUCCUCCGUGGCAACACAUCUCAUGGAACGGCCCAAGGUGCUUCCUCGCUGCCCAGGAGUCAGGGAGCAGCUGCGUUGCAGGCGUCACCUCAUAAGACUGUGCGGGCUGCUCAAGGGUAUGCCCAAAAUGCACAAAACUCAUUGCAAAUCAAUGCUGAUGACUAUGCUUCGGGCUCAGGAGAUGGUAACCGCACUCCUCAUAGAAGGGAUAGACUAAGACAAAGGUGGCAAGCUCGUGAUGAAGCCUGCUUUGGAUCCCCUACACAUAAUGGAUUUGAUCAAGAUUUUGAUUUUGAGAAAAAUCUUGCCUUGUUUGAUAAACAGGCCGUGUUUGAAGAAAUUGCCGGACAAAGACCUGAUAUUGUUCAAGCUGCCAAUGACCCAAGAAGACAACAGAACUACAGACAUGAUCAAAAUAUACUGGUCAACAACCGUAGGAUUCCUACCAUAAUUGUUCCCAACCCAGGUUCAGCUGAGUAUGUUACAGAUGAUGGAUUGGUCAUACCCACCAUGAGACCAGAGUUAUUACGUCAACUGCAUCAGAAAGCUCAUGAUGUUGGUUUUACAUUUGAUCGACAGUCAGAGCUUUUUGCCAGAUGUGCAACUGAAAUGUCCCUUCAACUACUUGGUGGUGCACACAGGCUUACCCCUCACAAUGCCCAUCAGUGGCCCACAGUUAUUGUGAUGGUAGGACCCCACAGUCAAGGAGCGGCAGGCGUCAUGUGUGCACGACAACUGGAGUGCCAAGGUGUCAGCUCUGUUGUUUUAGUGGUAAAUGAAGCUGCUGCACCACCUCUUAUGAAGCGCGAACUCAACUUCUACAAAUGUAGUGGUGGUCCAAUUGUCACUAGCAUUGAGCAACUACCAGAAACUGUUGACCUAGUCAUCAUGGCUCUUGCUGGACACCUUCCAUCUGAUGUUGCCAACUCUCUGGAAUAUGGCAAGGCAGCAUCAUGGGCCAGUAACAAGAGGGCCCCAGUCCUUGCGUUGGACCCCCCUCCGGUGGGGACUCCAGGCAUCAUCACGCGGUUUGCACUUGCACCAACUCUACCAGUGACUUACUCUCCACAAAAUGGCAAGAUAUACUUAUGCAAUCUUGGUAUACCUAUUGUUGUAUUUAAAGAGAUGGGAAUCAGAUAUCGCUCACCAUUUGGAUCCAAGUUUGUCAUACCUUUGCAUCCGAAUGACGAGUAGGUAAAGAAAGCAUGUUCGUGUAUAUAUUGCUAUGG